AUGAUUGAUGAUGCCAAAGCUACUCUAAGUGAUGCAUCACAGUGGCAGCAGGAUUGGUUUGUUUACAAGAACUUCUUCGCUGGCUCCAGCUUGGAUGUAGGUUCUUCCGCUGGCGAUCGCCAGGGAGUAUUCGUGGAUGUUGGUGCGUUUCACCCCAUCCACCUAUCGAACACAUACUUCUUUGAGCGCUGCCUGGGUUGGCGCGGGCUCUGCGUUGAGCCGAAUCCCUCCAUGCACUCGUACUUUGAGGCAUACAGGCCCAGCUGCGAGUUAGUCAAGCAUUGUGUUUGGAGCCAUCCGCGCACAGUCGUCAUGUCCUUCCAGAAGGACCCGAUUGAGGCUUACAUCCGAGGAGACGAUGACCAGCCAGAAGUGGCCAGUGGUGCCGUCAGAAUCACAGGCGGUGGCAAGCGGCCAGAAUUUGUUGCGGAAUGUCGCACUCUGGAUGACCUUCUGCGAUCCCGGGGCCUGGUGCGGCCAGCAGUGGUGGACUUCUUGUCGGUCGAUGCCGAAGCCGCCGAGGUGGAGAUUUUCCGCGAUUUUCGCUUCGAGGACUUCGACAUCCGAGUGAUAAAUGUGGAGGUCCAAGCCAAAAACUAUUACGAUCUGGACAACGUCAUCCUGAAUUCCGGGUACGCCAAAGUCGCCGUGUUAGGAGGUGACCACGUGUAUGCGAAACUGGGCUCCCCUUUCACUUUCCCGUCCAGAAUGGCGGCAUGGCGGCAGGCUCUUGCAAAAGACUUCUGGGCCCAUGAGGCUCCAAAGACAGCUGCGGCUUUGCACAGUCGUGCUGGUGGGCCCUCGCCCAUGACGGCGGUGUGGAGCCUCAGAGACUCACGACAGAAGGUGAAUCGUCACCAUUUUAAAAGGGUAUGGCUUCCCCCGGAGAAGACCCACACAUCCCUACCCUUUCGCAAGCUUUCUGAAGCAGCCUCGAGACCUGACUCACCGCCCAUGCCGACUCCUGCGCCGUCGGCGGACCAGGCACCGGAGAGUCAUUGGAUGGAAUUCCAGACAUGGUUUCUUGCCAUCCUUGACUUAAAGUUCAGCCAGCAGGAAGCCGUGCUACGAGGUAUCCUGGAGUCACGGCCACCCAUUCCUCCCAUGCCUGCAUUGCCGUUACCACGCCGAGUGUCCAUGAUGGAAAAGCAUGCAAAAUCUCCGACAUCCCCUCGGCCGCUGCAAGUGUUCGAGGUGAAACUUGACCAGGAGAUCUCCCCGACAGAGGAUGAUGUUGAAAGAAGCAGUCAGGUGGCCGAGUCAACGUCACCGAAGGCGAAGAAGCGCAUGACGACCCUCGGGGUGAACCUGAUGUCAGAGAAGAUGCAGCCAGAACCACCGGUAAAGCACUUCGUAAAGACCAAGCUCGAUCUUUACAUGGGAGGAGUCGUCCUCAUAAACAUGAUCUUCAUGGUCGUCAUGACACAGUGGACCGGUUCCAGAGCCGAAGCCAGCCUCGGAUUGAUUCCCGAUCCAUGGCCCUUCUUUACAGAUGCCUUCUUCGACGUGUCGGAGUAUUGCUUCUUCAGUGUCUAUGUUGCGGAUGUUGUCUUUCGACUCUUGGUCCUACGCAGAGAAUGGUAUUUCGACCCCUCGGAAGGAUAUAUGUACCUGAACAUGUUUGAUGCAUGCCUGGUCUGCGUAAGCACUUUCGAGCUGCUGCUUCUGCCGGCCAUUUUCUCCGCUGGUGGAAACCCGGAGAUCGAAACCAACACGAUCAGAGUGUUAAAGCUGAUUCGGAUUGUGAGAACACUGCGAAUUUUCAAAACCGUGUCCGUUUUUCGUCAGUUACGCCUGCUGGUCUCGACAUGUAUAGCAAGCAUUGGCGCGCUGUUCUGGUCCAUGAUUCUUCUGCUUCUUUUGAAUAUAGCUUUCGCACUAAUGAUGGCACAAGCGCUGCAGACUUUCAUCCUGGACGAGGAGGCUGAUAUAGACACACGUGUCCUGAUGAACCAGUACUAUGGAAGUUUCACCCUAGCCUUUUACACCAUCUUCGAGGUGACGCACAGUGGCUCUUGGCCGUCGCGUGUCCGUCCUGUUCUAGAUUUAGUGGAUCCUUGGUACGCGGCUUUAUUCUUGCCAUAUAUAGCUAUGGUGGUCUUUGCAGUUAUUAGAGUCGUUACGGCUCUGUUCAUCAAAGAAACGCUGGCGAGCGCGGCGAACGACGCAGAGCUGGUCAUCGAAGAAACAAGACGGAAUGCGGUAGAGUACCAGGAGAAGCUAGAGGAGCUUUUCCAAAUAGUGGAUGACGACGGUGAUGGACACUUGACACCACAGGAGUUCGUGGAAGCCAUGAGCUUACCGAGUGUGCAGCAGUACAUGAAGUUCCUGGAUGUCAGCGUUCGCGACGUGCGCCCGCUUUUCGACAUUCUGUCCGAGGGUGACGGCCUUAUCACCAUCGCUGAGUUCUGCAAAGGUCUGAUGCAGCUCAAAGGGCAAGCACGGGCUUUGGACAUAGUCAUUCUGCAGCACGAGAAUUCCAAGCUCAUGCGGCAGUGCCACGAGAUUUAUCGUGCAAUUUGUGAGGCUGCGGCGCAGUGCAGUCCGAGAGGAGGUGCUUGCAGCCCGACAGGAGUCAUUUAG